AUGCCUUCCAUCGAAGCUCAUAUCUCCACUUCAUCUUCUGUCUUCGACCUGGAGGCUGACAACGACCAUACGAUCACGAUUGACCUGUUCCUUCAUCAUGGCCGUGCAAUAACCUUCCCAACUGAAAAUCUCCGUCUCUUUGACUCACCAAUGAAUAAAGGCGGCCUUACCUUCACGGACACGGAGACCGGCAUCGAGGCUCGACGGAACACAAUCUUUAUAUGCGGGCCCGGUUAUGAAGGGUCCUUGCGAGAAGAUAACAAAGAGUGUUUCCUGACGCUGCAUCCUGGACAGAAAUAUACUAUCGAAGCAUCUAUAUCACGCAUGGAAAGUGGAGUAGGGCGCAUUCAGCUCCUACCAGGAAGCACAGCCGAAGAAUACAGGGAGGCAAUCGCGAAACAACCCAAGGUUUGGAAAUGGUGGAAGGCGGGGAAUCUCGACGACGGCAAGACUUAA